CGUCGUGCAGCUCGAAACGCGACGCGAUCUUUUGGAUAGAUUUUCCAAAAAAUAUAUAAACACGAUUCUUCUUCGCCGAAGAACGAACGUUUUGUGUGUGUUUUGUGUGAGUGUGUGUGUGCGCGGUGUGCGUGUUACCAUUUGCAUUUUGGCUUUUUAGCUUUUCAGUCUUAACUCGCUUUUCGUUCCAUUUCGCCGCGUUGCAUUUGGCCAGCGAUUGCAUUUCUCGGUUUCGUUUUUGGAUCGGCUUUCGUUAUUUUUGGUUGGGGGCCUUAAAAUAGCCUUUUGCCGUAAUUACUGGGCUGGUCGCAAGAAAACGUGUUUGUGUCUAAACUACAGUUACAACCAGAGCAGCAGCUGCAGCUGCAUUUCACUCAAAAGUGUUUGCCGAAAAAUAAAAGAGAAAUAAUAAAAGAAAAGUCGAGUGCUCCGUGAGGAGAAAGAAAACGUCACUCGGUGUGUGCGUUCUUCUUCUAUUUGUUCGCCAGUUAACAUUGUGCUCAUAAUUUAUUGUACCCAGCGAUAUGCAAAUAGAAAGCAACAAAUUUGUACAGCAAGUGGAAUAUUUCAACGUUUAAUUUGGGGCCCCAACAAAACCAAAAGUGUGCAGCGUUUAAUGGCCGAUGGAUAAAGUGAGUUCCCCAACGAAGAGAAUCGGAACUCACUCGACGGCAAUUUUCCUGGCAAGGCAGCAGGCGGUUUUCAGUUGAUGAGCAACAAAGGACAGAGUGCAUCGGAGCCAUUAAUUUAAAUUGGGUAUUAUGAGCGCACUAGCAACAAGGACAGAAAGCUCAUGUACGACAAGUCCAAGAAAUCGUGGAGUCAGCGGCUCAAGACGCUCGGCAGCGGUGACAGCAGCGGGGACAAGAACGCUUCUCUAGCCGCCGUCAGCGGCAUGCAGGCCAUGCAGCAGUUGCAGCUGCACAUGCAGCAGCAGCACCAGCAACUGCAGCAGCACCACCAACAGAUGCAGCAGCAGCAGCACCACCACCAGCAACAGCAGCAUCAGCAGCAGCAGCAGCAACUCUUGCCCCACCAUGCGCACCACCAGAUGGUGACCGCCUACCAACUGCCGCCGGUUCCCGCCGCCGAAUUCCUGCCCAGCGCCCUCUCACGUUCGAUGAAGUACGCGGAGCCCUGGAUCUACGGAACGGUCCGUGGUAUUCCGGCCCGCCCCUCCUACGGAUAUCAUCCGCAUGCGGCGGCGAUUUUCGCGGCGGCGGAGGGCGUUCCGGGUGCCACAGCCCUGGCCGUGGUGAUCUGCUCCUGUGCGGAGUACUUGAACGGCACGAAGCGCGACGUGAAGAAGGCGAGCGUGUGCAAGAAGUGCAAGGGGUCACGCCUGCCACUGGCCACCAUCGGUGGCACCGGCGGCACGGUGCGUCUGCCGGCAGCUGUCAGCGGCGGCGGUGGCUCCAACUCGCGGCGCCCCAUGGCGGCCACCAUGCGUGUGGUGAGUGCCACGAAGAAGUCACGUCCCUCCAUUCUGGACCCGCAGAAGGAUCCCUACGACCUGAUGCGCCGCACGCGACUCCUGUCGCCGGAGCCGAGCUCCAAGGACCCGGACGGCAAGUCACGUAGUCGCAGCGAAGGGGCCGCAAGUCAGCCGAGGGGUCGCACUCGCACCCGGGCUCCACCGCCACCGGCUCCCGGCCAGAAAUCUCAGGGAGUGGUGGCAGCGAUUGCCACUCCCGAUCCGACGGACUGCUGGCUCAUGGAGGACAACGAGUCGCUGCUCCAGAGCAGCGGACUGGCAUCGCGGGCCUCCAGCCGACGGUCCAUACUGCGCUGCCACGUCAAUCCCUACGAUCUGAUCUCAAGCGAGGGGGGCAAGCUGCAGAGCAACGUGCGGAAGCCCCACGACCACUUCGACGUGGCCGACGCCCAGCUGAACGACGACGAGAAGUUGGAGGAGCGCAAGCGGAGCACCAGCAAGUUCUACAGCGGCAAUGUGGCGGCCAUCGCGGGGCAGCGGAUCAGCCUGGGCGAUAAAUCCGGCGAUAGCUCCGAUCCAGGUGACAGCUACGAGCGAAUUGUCGUGGUCGCUGGUGGAGAGAAUACCUCUAAUGGACCGCGACGACCGCCGCGCAAUAAAAAAACGGAUGAGCCGGCGGAAUUGCCUGUGGCAGCGCCAUCAACUCCUGUGGCAGCCACAUCAGCUGCAACUACAGCAGCAACUGUAGCAACUGCGGCAACUAUAGCAACUGCAGCAACUACAGCAGUUAAGCCCAAGGCGGCGCCACCAGUUGAGGUGGAAAAAAGCGAGGAGGACAAUGGUUCGACCUAUACAGUGCUCACUGUAACGCCCACUUCGCCAGCCAUCAAGUCGAUUCUGAAGCGCCCCUCGACUUUGGAGCUGCCCGGCGUGGGGAUAUCAACUCCAUUGCCACUUCCCGUGGCAGACAACUCUAACCCGGUGACGCCCGCGGGCAAGUCACAGUUCUACAUCCCGACGCCGACGGGGACGGCUGCCACGCCCACGCCCACCAGCCUGGCCCAGCCCAUGGCCACAUCGACACCUACGCCCACUGCCGCUGCUGCGACAGCAAUCACGCCGGGUUCACGCAAAAAAGUGCAAUUUAUGGUCGAGGAUAAAAUCAUAGCCACGACUGCCACUGCCACAGCGACUGCGACAGCGACAGCGGCGACAACUGAUGACAGCGAUGCCAGUGUUGCUCCAACGAAAACAAACUACGAGUACUACAAUCGCAAGCGAAGUGCGGCAGCAGCAACAGCAACAGCAACAGCAAAUGCAACAGCAACACCAACAGCAGCAACAUCAUCAGCAGCAGCAGCAACAUCAACGGAUCAGCAGGAGGCAACGCUGUUUGCGGCUGACGUUGAUGAUGAGCAUAACUUUACAACUUCCGUCGAGGCAACUCCGUUCAUGAAGCCGGAUAGUUUGCAUUACGAAGAUGUUCUGCCCGGGCCCCAAAUAUUUGACAGCGGCGAAUCCUCGAAAAUAAUCCAGCCAGCGGAUGGGUCGCCACAUGCCACUGCGAGUCCUGUCAGCGUUUUAACAACUGGCACAUCAACUGGAGUGGGAGGACCAGGACCAGGAACAGGACCAAAAGGAGGAGAGGAACCAGCCACAGUACCGGCAACCCAAAAGACGACAGCAGCAAAUCGCGAUUAUGACGAUGAUGACGAGCACAACGACAAGGAUGAGAGUCACGACAACAAACCCAACGACUUGGCUAAAAGGGAGCAGGACAAGGACAAGGAGCAGCAGCAGCAGCAGCAGGAGGGGAAGAGGGAGGGCUUUUCGGUUCAGGAGAAGAAGGAUGCGAUUGCUAAGCCUGCGGCAAGUCAAAAGCGUGCAGCACAAACGACACAAUCGCGAAAUCCCAUCAGACGGGCGCACAGUGAACGGCAUUUGUCGACCGCGCCUUUAGCCGCCCACGCCCACGCCCAUGCCAACGGCCACGCCUCCUUGGGCCCCUCGAGCGCCGGCAGAAAUUGCCACUCCAUCCCGACGACUCCAGCCAGUGGGCCGCAGAAUGUCAUUUUAAAUUUUAAGGACACAAUGGCGCUGCGCAUAAAAAGCAACCGCAGCGACUCGAGAGAUUUAUUUCAAAGGAGGCCCACGGAGCCGCCGCCCCCGCCUCCAAGUGGAGGAGGAGCCGGCAAAGGAUUAGAGUCGCUGCCGCACGAAAUCAAUAAGUCGCCUCUGUCGCCUCAAAGGACGGUGGUGCGGGUGGCUCCAUUUAAGCCACCGCAGCAGCAGGUGGGUGGAUCUGAGGGUCUCACCCACGAGGUGCAUCGCCUCAAGAUUUCACACAGCGAAGAGGAUUCUGAUUUGGGAGUGGAACUCCGAAGGAAAUCGAACCUAUUUGUUACCUCCCCCGAUGAGGAGGAUGCGGCCCCGAAGAAGACCUCCAUUCUGAUCAGCGGCGAUGAUUGCUACUCCACGAUGAACCUGAGUGCGGAUGCAGCCCAACCCCUGUACCAAUCCUCCGUAGUGGUGAAUAGCCACUCGGCCACGAGUGUGUGCAUCAAUGUGAGCAGCGCCGAGGAGCAGGAGCAGGAGCUCAACCAACUGAACACGCUGCGCAGCCAGCAGAUGGGCAUGGGCAUCGCCAUUAUUCCGAUCAGGGGCGCCAGCGAGGUGAACCUGCAGCGAUCGGUGUCCUGCAUCUCCUCCACUUCGAGCAGCUCCACCUCGAGCAGCGGCAGUUCCAGUGGCCGGGGAAGGACCCUCAUCCGCUUGGACUACGAGAGGGAGAGGAAGGGCUCCGCCACCAGCAGCACACCCAUAAACACGCCGCCCGUUAUAAGUUCCACGCCAGCUACGCCACCUCCCCCGGAGUCCCCUAGCCAGAAUCCCCUAGUUCCCCACGAAACGGAGCUCCUGAAGAUCCUCCGCAAUCCCGUGGAGGCAGUGAAGCUCAAUCUAGUGCCGCAUGUCUGUGGCCUGCGAGCUCCUUCGCGGGAGGCGGGGAAAACCAAGAAGGGCGAGGAGGUGGCAGGUACUCCGCCCAAGGAGCCCGGUUUCAUAGCCAAGCUGCUGCAGGAUCCGAUGCUGGGCCAGGUGGCCGAGGGACUGGAGACCGAGACGGUGGCGGAACUCAUCGAGAACUCGCUGCAGAGACUCCAGCAGACGCGGCGGGGAAUCGACAUGAGCGGCACCAAAGACCACGACGACAUGAACCGCCUGAUCAGCGCCUCGCUGCAGCGCAUCCGCUUGGAGAGGCAGCCGGUGGUCAAUGGCGAUGGUAGUGCAACCAAAGAGGAGGACCGCAUGUCCAACCGGGGCAGCAUCAGUUCCGCCAACAGCUUCGCCUCGGCCCACAACUACGAGCUCUUCGACUUCGAUGGCGGAGCGGGGGGCAAUGAAUCUGAUUGUUAUCAGAGUUGCUCCAGCGAACUGACAGCCUCUGGUGUCCUGGAGGAGGAGCCUGUAGCGCCCAUCAAGGACCCUGAAACCGAACUGGAUCCUGCCACGCGGGCCAAGUUCUAUCAGCUCCUGGUGGAUGCCACGCUGGCCGAGAUCGAGCACUCCACUCAUGUGGAUCAGGACUUGGGAGCUGACACAGAACACCACUACGAAUCCAUAAGGCACAGUGGAGAUCCCAUUUACGAGGAGAUCCACGAGGUCCCUCCGCCACUGCCACUCUCCGCUCCUCCCUUAAAUGAUGCAGAGCUCGACAAGAAGGCUGCCCGCUCCAUAUUCGAGGGAGCCUCCAAGUAUGAUAUCCUAUCCUACUUGGUGGAUGCCAAGGAGCGUGGUUUGGCCAGGGAAGAGAGCUUUGACUAUGGCAACAACCCCAAGAUUAUCGAGGAGGAAGCAGCCGAUACCCUGAGUGACUUGGAUAAGAGACAGGCGGAGGAGCGGGAAAGGGAGAGGGACAGUGGCCAGAGUAGCAUGAGUUCCCUAUCGCCACCACCGCACAACUUCAUCUGCGGAGGAGGAAAGUCCUCGGGAAGCGAUGUCGAACGCCAGGACUCGGGAGUGGGUUCGGAGACCAGCAAGACGUCCCGCAGCAAGUACCAGGCCACGCCCACAGUGCUCCACCUGUGCGAGGAUUGCGAUGGAGCCGUGGAAAUGCAGGUGGGCGACGGCGGAGUCCUCUACGCUCCGCUGGUGUGCAGGAAGUGCGGCAAGAAGCGCGUGGAGCGCAAGGAAAUCAUCACGGAGAUCGUGGAGACCGAGGAGAAGUACGGCAGGGAUCUGCAGAUCAUACUGGAGGAGUUCUGCCACCCGAUGCUGGUGGCCGGCCUGCUCACCCAGGAGCAGCUCUCCGCGAUCUUCCUCAACACGGAAGAUCUGCUCGAGAACAACCAGACGCUGGCCGAGCGGAUGCGCGACGCCUUGGACAUUUCGCUGGAGCAGGGCGACGACGACCUGCUGACGGUGAACAUUGGGCGCAUCUUCCUCGACUUCACCCAGAUGCUGCACGCCUUCGAGAGCUACUGCGUCCGCCAGGCGGGCGCCAGCCUCCUGCUGGCCAAUCUCGAGAAGGAGAAGGAGCUGCUGCGCAUCUUCCUCAAGGUCUCGCAGAUGGAGAACGCCGUGCUGCGGCGCAUGAACCUCAACUCCUUUUUGAUGGUUCCCGUUCAGCGUGUGACAAAGUAUCCCCUCCUGCUGGCCCGCCUCUACAAGGUCACACCCGCCCACCUGGAAGGCCGCGAUCUGCUCAAGCAAGCCCAGGAGAAGAUCGAGCUGCACCUGAACCACAUCAACCAGGAGGCCAAGGACGUGCCCACCAAGCUGUGGCGCCGCAUCAGCUCCUCCAGUCCGAACAGGCGCGCCUCCUGCGAAAUCGACAUGAUCAACAUCAAGUUGCGCAAGAUGGCCAUCGAUGUGCUGGAGUGGAACCACGACGAGGUGAGGUUCGCCAUGGAGGGACGACUGCUCUACACGCAGCCCACGGACAGCAACUGGAAGAAGGCGCGCACCAUCAAGUUGACCCCGGUCAAUGCUCUUUUGGUAACCAAUGGCAAGCCAAGUGCCAAUUACAGGGCAGAGAAGGCCAUGUCGGAAAAACUGAAUUUCCCGAAGCACACGGGUAUCCGCGAGGCCUCUCUGCUUCUGGUGAAGGAGAAGUGCGGACGGUACACGCUGAUCCGGGAACCGCUCUAUCUGGACAGAUGUGUCGUGUGCAGCGAAGCGGAUUGGGAUGAUUAUUUCGAAGUGCAGGAAAUUUCAUCGAAGGACACAUUCAUAUUCAAAGCGGAGGACGGCGUGCGGACGAAGCAGUGGUACACACAGCUGCAGUACCACGCCCAAGGGAUGGGGGCGUGGCGAAAGAGGCGCAACGCCCUGGCCAACAUCAUGAUCAACGGGAUGCUGGCGCGUAGUUAGCCGAGUUAGCCCUUCCCAAAUGCAAGCCCGGAGCCAAUCGAAAACCAUCCGCAGGACACCGGACACCGAAUAGUUGGACAAAGGACAUAAAACUCAACAAUUGGUUAUGCAUUUAAUGUGUAUUUAUGCGCUAUUAACCAACGAGCAAUUUCGUAUCGUAAUUAUAAUUUAAGUGAUAUACAAUUGAAUCGAGCACGCAUAACGCUAGUUAGUGUUUACAUAAUACCUAUAUCGAUAUCUAUACCUACACCUAUACUAUGCAUAACCAUACGUACACACACGAUUACCCUGAAUACAAUGCAAUAAAAUACCAUACACUAAUU